AUGGAUAAAAUUCAAACGAUUUUAGUAAUAUAUGGAUUUUUUCAAAUUACAAACGGAUUGAGUUUAGAAAAAUAUGGAAAGAGAAUCGAUUUAUCACCUCCAACGACAUCAUCAUAUAAGGAAUGGUAUGAGUCGAAUCGACAACAUAGCACGAAUGUCACCACUAUUGCGGAAUUCAAAUCACAGUUACGAAGGAGUUUAGAAAAUACGACAGCUGCGUAUAAUGCGACAUUUCUGGAAGAACUUGGAGAGGAGCGAAGGAAAUUCCUCGAAAAACUAUGCGAAGGAAAAUUUAUAAACGACCAACGGAGAUUGAUUGAAGAGCUUCUGGAUCCGCAGUAUUAUGAGAAGACAGUACAUCCAAGGAGAAACCAUUUGGAGCCAACAAGAGUGAAUUUGAGCAUGAGUUUGUAUCAGAUCCUUGAUGUCGAUGAACAUAUGCAAAGUAUUGAAGUCAACGUGUGGAUGGUGCAGCAUUGGUAUGACGAGUUUCUUGACUGGAAUCCCAGACAUUAUGGGAUGAUAAAUCGCACAAUUGUACCGUCUCAUCAAAUUUGGAUUCCAGAUACAUAUCUUUAUAAUAGCGAAGAGCUCGAGCAGAAAAAAGCCGAAUCGAUAAUGAACGCGCAAUUGGAAACGGGAUAUUGGUCGAAUAACUCGAAAGGAGCACGAGUCCAAUUGAUGUUCCCCGCGAUUUAUAAAUUGUCGUGCAGAAUGGAUGUUCGCUGGUUUCCAUACGACAGCCAAAACUGCAGUUUUAUCAUUUCUAGUUGGACUCAUGACAAGAGUACUAUUGAUUAUUGGCCCCUAUUCCCUAGUGUUAAUCUCGCCAACAUGGCUCGAAACGACGAAUGGGAAGUGAUCAGCUUCGAUUUCGUUCGCAUCGAAGAAUCGUUCAAAUGCUGCACAGCACCCUGGGUGAUGCUCUACGCCAAUUUGGUGAUUCGACGAAAACCGCUGUAUUACAUGAUUAAUCUGGUGGUGCCAACGUCGAUCAUCACAAUUGUCGCCGUCACCGGCUUCUUCACCCCGACAUCAUCGUCGAGCGAAAGAGACGAGAAGCUAUAUCUUGGAAUCAACACAUUGCUGACAAUGUCCGUGAUGAUGCUGAUGGUUUGCAACCAAAUGCCUUCGACGAGCACUUAUGUCCCUUUAAUGAGCUGGUAUUAUAUGGGAAUCAUUGGCGUUAUUGUAGUAGGAACAUUCAUCGCAACUAUUGUAUUAGCAAUUCAUGGCCAGAAGCAUUAUACUCUUCCAAUUUCGGAUUUCACUCGAAAAUUGAUAUAUAAUCCAAUUGUGGAGACAUUCAUUUUAAGUCCACCAACGUCUCUCAUUGAUUUGUGGACGGAAUUCGGAGUGAUUUCUGAGCAACGAGUUUCGACUAAUAUCGAUCCACUCCUUCUGCAACACAUCAAUCCAAUUACGCACGCGACGCCGGAGCCUCGCGCAUUUUUCGGCUCCAUCAAAUCGCGAAUGUCCGAUGUUCAAUCAUCAUAUUCGUACACCGCGCGACUCGCGACAAUCACUCGACAAUACACACAACAUGCAAAAAUGCGCGAAAGGCAAAAGACUCUGUACCGAAUGUCGGCGGAUACAAGCCAAGCAAGGAAUGUGAAAAAGCAAAAAAUGCAGAGAAGAGUUUCGCUGGAAUGGGAAUUUCUUGCAAACGUCAUCGACCGUGUGCUUCUCACCAUUUUCUGCGGCUUCACAAUCGCAGUAUUCCUGAUUCUCGUCGGGUUCGAUUAUUUCUUCACAAUUCAUAACAAGCCGGUUCGCAAGUAA